AUGAUGCAUUGCAAGACAAAGGAGCAUAUUGAAGACAUCAAGAUUGGACUGAAGAGAGAUUUUAGCAUCAAUGAGCUGAUGAGCUUAAGUACUGAUGUUCCCACACCUGCGGACAGCAACUCAAAUCUGAUCAAGAUACCCGCCGGUGAAGUGUUUGUACUGAAGUUCCCUUAUCGUGAACGGAUUAUUGCUUUAAUGUAUAUUGCAAAACGAACACGACCGGACAUCGCGCAUGCAGUUGGUGAAGCCGCCAAGUUUUGUGAGCGACACCCAGCGCUCAACAACUGGUUAUGUCUUCUUCCUGAACAGUGGCGCGCUUUUGCAGAAUUACAAGCGUCAACCGACAGUUGCUACUUUAAGCACCGAAGCAGAGUAUAUGAGUUCAUACAGCGCAACUCAAGAGUCAAUCUGGCUGCGGCUUCUUCUCACAAAUCUGAAGUAAUUGAUCAAGCGGCCAAGACAAUCUUUCAAGACAAUAAAGGAUGCAUAGCGCUGGCCAAGAACCCGGUGUAUCAUGAGAGGACGAAGCAAAUUGAUAUCAAGUGUCACUUCUUACUCGAGAAGGCGCUGAACGAAGUCAUCACAUUGGGGUACAAGUCGACGGAAGAGAUGGCGGCGGACGGUAUCACAAAGGCGCUACUAAUGGAAAAGCACAGCAACUUUCUCACGAGCUUGAAUAUGGCGGUAUGCACACACCGCUCGCACAUCAAGGAAGAGUAUUAA